AUGACUAAGGUCGAGAUGGAUUUCUACUUCUGCCAGACAUCAUAUCCGCAGGAACGUGAGCGAUUCUUGGAGGAGGUCUUUGAGCGAGCGACCGUCGACGUGCUGGAUGCGUUUCGUGCUGGUGAGUCAACGUCGCUGAAUCAUCUAGACUAUGUUGAAAAGCUGAGCAGCGAAGAAAUAUCCAAGAUCUGCAAGGUGCGUGCUCUGUGGAGGCUAACAAAGGUCUUCAGUGAAUUCUGGCGGGGGGCUUCUAUGGAGGAGGGUCUGCAGACCUUGCUGGCUGGCGCGCCGUCGUCACUUCACCAACGGAUUCACUGGUUCUGGUCAUUUUGCCAAGAUGGAACCGCGGGAGACACACCACCGACAGAAGUCUACGAUCAACUAGGCGUCCCCGCCUUAUCUGGGGAGCCGAGUGCCAGCCGCAGGGCGCGCCUGCGGGCCCAGAGCGCCAAAGAGCGAAUGAACAUGCAGGAAUCGCUACGUGCGCACCUGGACGCCAUCCGGCGACUUACUCAGGACGAGGCGUUUCACGGCUACAUCACGCUGCCCUCGAAUUUGUCAAGAAACGAGCGUGCAUUUCUACAUCGAAUUGCAGAUGAGUUGGGCCUCAACCAUGAGAGUGUUGGAGAGGGUCCGCAAAGAGCUUUGCGGAUUUGGCGCGCUGACAGCGCAUCAGGAUAG